AUGAACGAUGAUGAUGAACCGAAAGGUUAUACAUGGGAAGUGGAUUAUGCAGAUGGAUUGAAUAUCCGAGAUGUACUACAUGAAGAUGAAAGUGGUUCAAUUGAGAAAUCGGUGGCUAAACUGAUACUUGAUACGAAACGGAAAAAACGCUUUAAUAGUCGGCCGGCUAAAGUUCGGUUGGGGAUUAUGCGUUAUGUGUAUCUAAUCAUCGAUUGCUCUUUUUCAAUGGCUGAUAAAUCAAUACAACCAUCACGUCUUGUUGUUACGAUUAAGGCUUUAAAUCAAUUUCUCGACAAGUUUUCAGAGCAGAACCCUAUUUCACAAGUGGGUGUUGUAGUUUGCAAAGAUAAAAGAGCCGAACGCCUGAUUCCUCUUACCGGUAAUGUUCGUUUAGUGAAGGAAUCCUUAUCGACGAUAACGGAAGCCUUGUGCCAUGGGGAGUUUUCUUUGCAUAACGGUUUGAUGGCCACCAUUAGAAGUCAGGAGUUUGAUGCGUGUUAUGUGAGCAGAGUGCAGAAAUUCCUAUAUUUCAGUAGUUAUCCGGGUCAUGCUAGUCGAGAAGUAAUAUUGAUCGUAGCAAGUCUUUCAACAUGUGAUCCUUCAAGUAUUUUUGGCACAUUUGAGUUACUGAAAAGAUAUCACAUACGUUGUUCGGUGAUCUCACUGAGUGCGGAAGUUUUCGUUUUUAAAAAACUUUGUUCUAUUACAUCAGGGCGUUAUAACGUAGUGCUGAAUAACACCCAUUUCGAAGUAGUUUUGAAUGAGCAUACGAAUCCUCCCAUAUCUAAUCGAAAUGCCGAGAGCAGUGUUGUUCGAAUGGGCUUUCCAGCCCAUGAAAGCAUAGAUUCUCCUUCAUUUUGUUUAUGUCAUCAAUCAGAGAUUCGGUCACCGGGUGGAAGAGGUUUUUUCUGUCCACAGUGCGGAGCACGUUAUUGCAGUUUACCAGUUGAAUGUCGAAUCUGCAAAUUAACUUUAAUCUCAGCACCUCAGCUUGCGCGUUCUUUGCAUAAUUUAUUGCCAUUACCAGCUUUUGAAGAAAUCAAUACAACGGAAGGCAUGGUGAAAAGAAGGAAUAAUGGAAAAGUAAAAAAAUCGACAGAUCAACCAAUAAGAUUAAAUCCAUUUGAGCUGAAAUACAAUCGUGCAAAGCACAAGAUACUCGGAACAAAAGCGGUAUCAGCUCCAUGUGGAGCACCGGGAUUGUCGAAAAAAAAGGCCUUUGAAAACAGGGCGAAGACAUUGGCAAUAGAAUGGAAAGAACGUGGAAAACGUAAUAAGAUAAGGUUUUUUCUUCAUUUAAUUAUUGAUCAGCGUAUCGGCGAAGGUAACAGCAUGAUGGAUGAUGAAGAAUGUAUGUCGAAACGAUUUACUGAAGAGCAUUUAAAAAUUUUCAAAACAACCAAUUCGGAACUGGUAAAUGAUGAGGACAUAAAACUGACUCAUAAGGGACGAGAAUUAACUGAAGUGGAGAAGUAUGAUCGUACGAUGUUAAGCGAUGAGGAUGAUGAUGACGAGGUAAGAGGAGAAGGAAAUAUAGAUGCAGAUAUUGUGGCUGCAGUUCAUUUUGGUGGUGGAAUUUCAGCAUCAACAGAAAAUACAGCCAUCAGAAGGCAAGAUUUUAUCGCUGAACUGAUAGCAAGAACAAAGCAACAACGUUACGAUAAGAAGUUAGCUCGUGAUGAGCGUGAAAAUGCAACAGAAAGGUUGGAUGAAAAGUGGAAUAAAAUGCAACAAACUAAUGCAAUGGCCAGCUUUGUGAGGCCUGUGAAAGAUAAAUUAAAUAUAAAUCGAACUGAAAAAGACGAUUACGAUUAUUUGUUCUACGAACUUCAAAUGGAUAGUGGGAAAAGAGGAGAAGCAAGUGAACGACAUAAAACAGAAGAAGAGAAAGCACAUGAAGAGCGCGAGAAGCUAAUAAGGCAAGAAAAAGCUCGUCUUUCCCGAAUGGAUCAGGGUAACGAAACAAAAAAGAAAUCAAAAAGUGAUGGUAACAAAAACGAAGUUUUUACAGUGAAAUACGACAGCUCAGGUGUGCUUAUGAAUGCAGAGAAGCUUAAAAGGGGACGAAUAAAAGUAGUACGUAUUGAAUCAUCAGAUAUUGAAACGGAUAGCGAAGAAAUGGAUGAAGACGAAGAAAAAGAUUUUGAUUCAAUGAUGAAUGACGUUGAUCAAACCGAUUUGCCGCAUUCCAGUACGAGAAACAUUGGUGCAGAUGCAGAGAUGGAAAUUUGGAAUGGAACAGAAAAGGGGGAAUUACCUUUUGUGAUUGAUUUGCCUCAGAAAUAUGAAAAUCUGAAAAAGUUACUGGAUGCUCAGAAUGAUGCAAACUGUGAAGUAGUCAUUGAGAGAUUAAUUAAGCUCUAUCAUCCAAGUCUUCGUGAAGGGAAUAAAUCCCGACUUGGCCAACUGUUUAUAUUUCUUCUCAGUAUUGAAGUUGUACUUUUCAAUCAUUUCACUAUGUUUCAGUUUAAUGUCGAGCAUGGUGUACGUUGCAUGCGUGCUCUCUUACGUCAGCAAUAUGCACUACAUAUGCGUGCGCCACGCGCGAUGUUUACAUUUCGCUUUAUUGCAUUUCUGAAAUUGGCUUCAACUUUGUACCCAAUGCGUGACAUGUUUCAUCCUGUUGUCAGUCCAUCACUUGCAUUUGCUUGCCGUCUUAUUUCAGUUGCAAGGAUAUGCAGUAUAAAAGACAUUGCACGCAUGCUAUUAAUGGUCAGAAUAUUAGGUUCAUUUGUCGAAGAAAGUAAGAGAUAUCUGCCCGAGGUUAUCGCUUUUCUUCGUGGAGUUUUUUUGAUAGCAGUUGAAAACAAGGAUGAUGAACGUUGUCCAGCGGCAACCUUUCCCAUAUCAUUGCCACAUCGUAGGAUGCUUUUUGUUACUGAUGAUUGUUCAAUGAUUGAAAUACCUGCACAACUAAAUGCAACAGAAGUGUUCAGGGAUGACAUAGAUAGGCCACUUUCGGGCUUGUUGUCACGAUUACCACGUAAUCUAUAUCCGACUCAGUUACUGACGCAAUUAUCUGAACUGGAAUCGUUUAUCACCACUCAGUCUUCAAGAAAUUUACUGAAACAACUGCAACGUCCGGCGAAACAGAAAAAGAUGUUGGACCUAUUGGAACCACGUUUUGAAGAGAAUUAUGAUGCAGGAAAGGCGCACCACAAUAAAACCAUCACAAAGAAGUCGAAAAAGGUUGAAAUCAAACAACUCACUAAAAAGUAUAGGAAAGAAUUACGUGGAACAGUUCGAGAACUGCGUCGUGAUAAUCAGUUUUUAAAUAGAGAAAAACGGCAGGAAAUGUUAGAGAGUGAUAAGGCUCGGAAAGAAAAAACAAAAUGGCUGGUAUCUACUUUACAAGGACAGGAAAGUGAAUACAAAAAAAAUGCCUAUAUGAAACACAAGUUGUGA